GGAAAAUUGUGGAAAAAAGUGAAAAUAUUGUGAAAAUUGAUGUCGUGAAGGUGAAAAAUGGAAAUGAAAUACUUAAGCUGGAGUCUAGUGAUACUUGGAUUGUCGUUAAAUCUUCUGGGAGUGUUUUGGUGGGCAGCAAUUGUCUUCGGGAGUGUCUCAUUUCUUUUAGGAUUUGUGGCCGUUCUUUACUUACAGCAUGAGCACAUGGACAAGUUCUUACAGAAUGACAUUCGAAAUCCUCUGCAGGAGACUAAAAUACCCCUUGGCUUGAAUCUCGUUUGCGACCAAAAACCAAUAAUGUUGAUUGCGCCGAAUAUAAAAAUACAAACAGAGUCAAGGAAAGUUAAGAGUCACGUGGAUGCUCGCAAAAAGAGUCUCAUUGACACGGGAUUUGAAAUUCUAUUCAAAAAACAUGGAAAACACGCAGAUGGAACGGGAGGAAAGAGUUCGGGGCAACCUGAAGAGCAGCAGAAACUCUGGAAGCCCUUUGAGAAUAUCAAGAUCUACACAGAGAGGCGCAAAUCCUACGAUUGUCCACCGUCUAAAGAUCAUGCAGAAGCCUCUGUAGCGGUCGGCGAGGAUGUUUCUGUGCUCAAUACUCCUUCAAAGUCCACUAAAUCUGAUUCAUCUCCCCGGAAAUCCAAGAAAACCGUCCUGAGUGGCAACAAACAAAUCGACAUACUCUUACAUACAAUCAUCGACUAUAUUAUUCGGGACUUCAUUGAUUCCUGGUUUUGCUCCCUGUCUGAGGACAAGGAGUUCAGUGAAGUCAGAGUCAGGAACUCCAUUGAGGAGUUCGUCACAAAUAUCUGCACUCGCAUUCUUCUCAGGAUAAAAUCGACUCAGUGGCUUCCACUGAUCACCACGAAGCUCAUUGAUGAUGUGGCCACUCAUACGAGACUCUACCGUCUUGCUCAGCAAUCUGUAGCUGCAACAAAUGCAGAGGAUCCAAAGUGCAGGCUCUCGGACAAACUCUCUCCUCAGAGGAAUAACAAACAGAGACACCACAGACGCAACAAAAGUGAAACUGACCUCAAUUGGCAUCUUGGAAAUGCCGCGAUUCAGAAGAACGUUGCAAAUUCAAAAUUCUACACAAAAACGAUCGAUGAGCAAACGCUCCUGGAUCCGGAAAUGAAACUUCUGCAUGCCUUUUUUGAUAAUUGUGGCAUUUAUCAGAAAGAAUGUCUCAAUGACAAUGACCUGGAGGAUUAUCUGACACAUAUCAUGGAAACUGUACUGUAUUUUACACUUCCUGAGGAGGAUUUUGCAUGCCUGCCUCUCAGGACAUUCCUCUGUACCUUACUGGCUAAUGUUGUUGUAAAGCCAGCACUGGAAAUGCUUGCUGAUCCCGAUUUUAUCAAUCUCCAAGUUGCUAGGCUUUUUGUCAAAGAGCCUCCUCCGGGUGAAUUUUUGCUAAAGCUGAUACGUCAGUGUUCGGAUUUAUCAGAAUUGAGAGCCUGUCGACAGUUGAUAACCAAAGAAAUGGAUCUGAAAUACAAAGAUCCCAAUUAUGCAGCUGAAUUGGCAAGUCUCAAAUAUGCCCAGAAGUUAAUUGAUCUCAGAAUUAGUUAUAUUCAGAAUAAUAAACUCACGACAAAUCGAUCAGAGAGGGAAAAACUCUCCUCAACCCUCCCAAUUCUCAGUUUAGAUGAUCUCCUGACAAAGGAACUUGCUCUAUCUUACUACCUGGACUACCUCAGUAUUCUCAAUCUUCAGAAGUAUGUAAUAUUUUACUUAACUGCCCAGGAAUGGAAGUUGACAGUGAAUCAGUCUUUGGGGGAUUUGCAAGCAAAUAGAGCUAAAGUUUCGCGUGAAGAAAUUUUCAGGGUACUCAGAGAUAAAGCUCAGGGUCUCUAUCGGGAGUAUCUUAUUCCCCCUUCCACCAAUUGCUUAACAGUUGACCCAGGGCUUGUUGAAGUACUCAAUAUAAAGCUGAAAGAUAUUUCGUUACCACCGGAAAAUAGCUGGUUCGAUUCCAUUUGCAAGUUUGUCUAUGAAAAACUCAAAAAUGAAGACAUCUUCCUGGCCAAUUUCUACCACAGUUCAGCGUACAAGAAACUCCUUCUGGAACUUGAUGUUCUGGGACACAAUCAGGAGGUUCUAGAUGUAGAUAUGACCUUGAGUGGAUUGGGAUCUAAUGUUGAGAGUGGUAGUGACAAUAAUUCCGGUGAUAUCGCUUUUGACGAUGAUGAUAACACGGAAGAUGAAAAAAUUGAAGUUACCACAAUGGGAAAAAGUGACCAAAAUCCAGAUAUUCGUAUCACGACGGCAGACAAGGAAAUCAUUGGGAUGGGCUAUGAUCUGUCAGUUUUGCCAUUUCUUGCCCAGGAUGGGGCUAGUUUCAAGCAUUCCCGAUCUCACAGUGACUGUACGGGAAUUGUGGCCAGUUUGCCGGAUGUUCAGUCAGAUCCUCUGAGGGAUGGCGUGUUGCGCAAAAGGGAGGAUGGGGAUCAUUUGGAUGUGAAGACAAUACAGGAGAGAAAGUGUUCGCUGAAUGAGACUGAGAUCAAGUACAAGCUGACAGCCAAGAUUAUCCAGACGGCUCUUAUCAGCGAUGGACUCUAUGCAGUUUAUGCUGUGCAGGUGUCCGUCGUGGAGGACAAUCACCACAAGAGCUGGCACAUCUACAGAAGAUACUCAAAGUUCCUGGAACUCAAGAAGAUACUCCAAAAGAGGUUCCCAUCUCUGGGCAAACUACCUUUUCCCGCCAAGAAAGCAUUCCAAAAUACUCAAAGAACCGUCCUUGAACACCGAAUGGCAAUUCUCAAUCAGUUCUUGCGUGAGAUUUGUAUUAAAGCCCAUGGGAAUGAUGACAUGAAUGCCAUUAUUCGGGACUUUUUAGAGCCAGACACCAAUGACAAGAGGAUGCAGGGCGGAGCCGUCAUCCGAACGAUUGAGAGUUUGGUGAAUCCACUGAAAACUGGCAUGAGGACUAUACGGAACAUGCCGGAUAAUUUAGUGGGGGGAUUGGCUAAGAUUUUCCUGGGUAGGGGUCCGCUGAAGGAGCAACCGUCAUUUCUGGGUGUUACUUCGUUGAUUCAGCUGGAAUCUUCGGAGUAUCCAGCACUGGCAUCAGCUCUAAAUCUCCUGGAUGAAGUGUUUGAUCUCCAGACCCGAUCCCAGUGGCUGCGAAGGGGUAUCAUCAAUCGUCUCCUAGGUGCUCCUUGGGUCAGUAAUACGGCCAAUAAAAAGAUCAUUCAUGGUGCAAAGAGUCUAAUAGAGGUGGACAAGAUUGAGAUUUUGCUAUCGAGUGUACUGAAUAGCAUCUGGCCAGAUGGUCGGCAGGCCCGAAAGAGUGUCCCACGGGAGGACAAUACAAAAUUGCGUACACGAAUGGCAGCUAAAAUAGCCCUUUUUGCCCUCCUGUCGGACGAUCUGAAGCAUGUUGUGGGUUCAGAGACCACACGGUGGGGCUUGCUGAACUUCUUCUCGAUGUGGCAGUACAAGAAACUCAAUCUGCGACUCGUGCUUGUCCUCCUCAAUGAUAUAUUGACUCUUCUCUAUCAAACGGACAGUAUGACAAAACAUGUCGAUAGACAGUGAUUAUCUUUUUUUAUUUGUGAUUAAUUUACUAUUUUAGUUUAUUUUCGCCUUUUUGUGACUUUUUUUUAGAGAAAGACUUGUAGAGUGAUGUAUUAGCGUAGGGAAAAAGGUGAGGAGAAAGAGAUUUAGCUUAAAUGGAAAUAAAUUAAUUAGAUGAUA